AUGAGUUUUCCUCUACCUAACUUCGUUCCUGACGACGGCGGAACUACCCAACCACAGCCUAUCCCAAAUACACCACCAGAACGCAACCAGACAACCAAAGAACAUACUCCCCUUGAUAAUCGGUCAACAAAGAAGCCAAAAUAUGGAGGAGGAGAAAAUCCAUCACCCACGCCGAUGAACUUCAGGGACAAAAUCAUGAGGGGCCUCGAUUAUUUGUUGUUUGAGGUGGAGGAGGAAUUAGAUAUCCAGGAAGAGGAUGUAAUCCUUUCCGAGAAUGGAUCGACGGCUAAAGUGGAAAUAUCGGAUAGGAUGGAGAAAAAUGUUGAUGGACCAGUGGAAAGACAUGAUUGUUCUCCGUCCGAUGGGAAGAUCAAUUACCUUACAAACAUUAUAGAGGAUAUGGAGAGGGUUUUGAAUGAGGGCCCUUGGGUAAUCCUACAUACAUACCUUCAUGUGGAGGUCUGGAACAAUCAAUUUGAUCCGACAACCAAAUUGGUGAAAUCUACAAUCAUUUGGGCAAAACUCCCGGGUUUACCAGUGCACUACUACAACCAAUCUUUUCUGAGAAGGGUGGGCAGAGCACCGGGUAGGGUGGUAAGAAUUGACCAGCAAACAACAGCAAAAACAUGGGGGAGAUUUCCAAGGAUGGCGGUAGAAAUUGAUUUGGACCAGCCCUUGAUUACAAAGGUGGAAAUGCAUGGACGGAAGCAGGUGGUUAAAUAUGAGAAUGUUCCACCUUUGUGUGCCUCCUGUAGUAGAAUAGGCCACCAAGCUGGGAAUUGUCCGUAUAUCACUCCCCAACCACCGAAAAUAGCGGAUCCACCUUAUAGGGAUGAAAGUACAGCGACAUCGCCGGGACUAGUCGAAGAAAAUGGUGAAGCCCCGACAAAUUCCAGCAGGACUGAUGGGAAUGGAGCAGAUUGGAAAAAGGGGAAAGAAGUUGCGUCUGCUCUAACACCUUCAGUCUUGGGGGCGAGAAAAUCCAGAUCACGCAAAAGGCUAUCAAGAGGUCAAGAAUGGAAAAUGAUGGAACCCUUAGAGCAUAUAAGGAGACAUCGGAGUAAUUUGAUGGAGGAGGACCAAGUGCAGGGUAUCCCAGUGGAGGAGGAUAUUCCCCCUGAUCCUCAUGGAGUCCAACCCAUGACAGUAGGUGAACUGGAGCUGUUGGAGGGUACGGAUCCGCCGGACAGCCGAUGCCAGAUGGAGGAAGAUUCUGUCGCGAAAGCGGCAGUUUCUGGGAAUUGUUAA